AUGGAAUUUCACUGGGUCCUAGGUUUCGGGCUGCUCCUGAUAUACAGGGUCAAUCCCAUAGAUGGAGUUUGUGGCAGCGGUGUGGUCCUGGAGAAUGGAGAAAUCACAGUAUUUAGGGAUGCAAUUAUGGCUACUUUCCGGUGUAAUCGCGGAUAUAAGCUCCAAGGAAAUUCCAUUGCGAACUGCGAUCUUCAUGGACGCCUCAGGGGCCAGAGACCCUAUUGUGCCAAGAGUGGUUGCCCGGAGCAGGAUACAAAGGAACACGGAGUUGUGUUCUAUUUUGAAUUAAGGUCGCAGAUCCUUUGCCACGAAGGCUAUGUCCUGAUGGGAAAUCGGGUUGCCUACUGCGAUGGAGAGCAAUGGAACACGCAACUGGGCACUUGCAUCAAAAGUAACCAUACCCAGGAUCACUCCUGCGAUUUUGAGACCGAGGAUCAGUGCGGCUGGUACACGGAGACGACAUUCCGACGUCCCUGGAAGCGAAUCAGCACGGUGGCCGACUUCCAUUCGGCGAAUACUGGACCCCAACAUGAUCACACCUUUCGGAACCAGUCCGGUGGCCACUACAUGCGCAUGGAGACGCAAAGGGGUGCCUUUGGAAGCUACCACCUGAUCUCGCCGAUCUACCCCAGGGCCUUGAGCCUGAAGACCGCCUGUUGCUUCCGCUUCCACUACUUUAUGUACGGCGAAGGAGUCGACAGUCUGGUGGUGUCCGUAAAGCCAGUCUCGAUGCCGAUGGCUACCAUGUGGAACCAGUUCAGGACCAACUCCAGCAAAUUUAAAAUGACGGGCUCCCAGGGCACCAAGUGGCUGGAACACACGAUCACCAUCGACGAGAUGCAGGAGGACUUCCAGGUGAUCUUCACGGCCACGGAUGCCCGAUCCCGAUUCGGCGAUAUUGCCAUCGACGACGUUAAGCUGAUGACUGGCAAGGAUUGUGGAGUGGGCGAGUUCACCACAACGACGGAGACAACUGACGCUACCGAGGCGGAGCUGGUUUUUUCCAUGAUGAACUGCACCGGUCGGUGUGGCCAAGCGAUAAGCCCGGAAAGGAUUAUUGUGUUCUCCAAAAAAGGACUGGACUUGGGAUGUGGCUGUGAUGAUGACUGCACGAUCCACGACAAUUGUUGCUUGGACUAUGUCGAGGAGUGUGUAAAGGGAAUAUACACAUCGUCCGAUAAUUAUGGUGAAACUUCACCUACAACUGUGACUAUACCAACAACUAUACCAACAACUGAUCAAACAACUAUUCAACCAAAUAUACAAACAACUACUCCAGAAGAAUGUAAGGAAACUUUUGACGUAAGGGAUCCUUGCCUACCCAAACCUAAUGUGCACAGUGGCACAAUAAAUAUAAAUAAGUUGCAUACUUUUAAUUUGCCUUUGAUUAGUUUGGCAGUUAUAAUAAUGUGGGCUUAAUAAUAUAAGCCAAUAAAAUUAAUAAAGAGCAUUAAAAAA